AUGGGCCACCAGGAGCCUCCGCUGGCCCGACUGAGGGCCGGACGUGCGGCUUAUAUAAAAAGGUUACGUAAAGGGCUCAGCUGGCGCGAACACGUGGAGAGCCGCGGGAGCCCGGACGCCCAGCUGUCCCCCGAGAGCACUGCUGCCGUCACUCGUGCAGUAGCAGGCGCCGUCGCCCGCCCGACUCGGGCCGCGGCCUCCCGCGCGGCUCCGUACCCGAGGCAGCCCUGUCCCGGGGCGGACCAUCCCCAGCCGGGGGCCUUAGGAGGGAAACGCGCUGCCCGGAAGUGGAAGGGCGCCGGCCAGGUCACAAUCCAAGGUCCCGCUCUUCCGCGUCCCGGGGCCGGACGGAGGGAUGAGACAGGGGGGUCCCGGGCAGCGCCGUUGCUGCUCCCCCCGCCGCCCGCAGCCAUGGAAACGGGGGAGGAGGACGGCGCUCGCAGAGGUACACAAAGCCCCGAGCGGAAAAGGCGAAGCCCAGUGCCGCGGGCGCUCAGCGCGAAGCUGAGGCCGGCGGCAGCGGCCCAGGCCAUGGAUCCGGUGGCGGCCGAGGCCCCGGGCGAGGCCUACCUGGCGCGGCGGCGGCCGGAGGGCGGCGGCGGGUCGGCGCGGCCGCGCUACAGUCUGUUGGCGGAGAUCGGGCGCGGCAGCUACGGCGUGGUGUACGAGGCAGUGGCCGGGCGCAGCGGGGCCCGGGUGGCGGUCAAGAAGAUCCGCUGCGACGCCCCCGAGAACGUGGAGCUGGCGCUGGCCGAAUUCUGGGCCCUGACCAGCCUCAAGCGGCGCCACCAGAAUGUCGUGCAGUUUGAAGAGUGCGUCCUGCAGCGCAACGGGCUCGCCCAGCGCAUGAGCCACGGCAACAAGAGCUCGCAGCUUUACCUGCGCCUGGUGGAGACCUCGCUUAAAGGAGAAAGGAUCCUGGGUUAUGCUGAGGAACCCUGCUAUCUCUGGUUUGUCAUGGAGUUCUGUGAAGGUGGAGACCUGAAUCAGUAUGUCCUAUCCCGGAGGCCGGACCCAGCCACCAACAAGAGCUUCAUGCUGCAGCUCACAAGCGCCAUUGCCUUCCUGCACAAAAACCACAUCGUGCACAGGGACCUAAAGCCAGACAACAUCCUCAUCACAGAGCGGUCUGGCACGCCCAUCCUCAAGGUGGCAGACUUUGGACUAAGCAAGGUCUGUGCUGGUCUGGCCCCCCGAGGUAAAGAGGGCAAUCCAGACAACAAAAAUGUGAAUGUGAAUAAAUACUGGCUGUCCUCAGCCUGUGGCUCAGACUUCUACAUGGCCCCUGAAGUCUGGGAGGGACACUACACAGCCAAGGCUGACAUCUUUGCCCUGGGCAUUAUCAUCUGGGCAAUGAUAGAAAGAAUCACUUUCAUUGACUCUGAGACCAAGAAGGAGCUCCUGGGGACCUAUAUCAAACAGGGGACUGAGAUCGUCCCUGUUGGUGAGGCGCUGCUAGAAAACCCAAAGAUGGAGUUGCACAUCCCCCAGAAACGCAGGACUUCCAUGUCUGAGGGGAUCAAGCAGCUCUUGAAAGAUAUGUUAGCUGCUAACCCACAGGACCGGCCUGAUGCCUUUGAACUUGAAACCAGAAUGGACCAGGUCACAUGUGCUGCUUAAAAUUCAGGGCAAAGCAUCUUGGGUGUUUCUCAACUAGGUUGACCCUCGGGACCCACAGUCUCAUCAUGUCUCGCACAGAAUUCAGCAGAGGGCACAGGUGGUGGCUUGGCCGGUUGGUGAUCUCCUGACAGCUGGGUCUCCAGCAAUGUGAAGCUUUCAUUUGGGUUUUCCCCCUCCUCUUACUUUUGCUUUAUUUUUUAUUUUUUUGUCUCCCCCCCCCCCUUUUUUUUUUUAAUUUAAACGAUUAAGACUUCA